AUGGAAAUAUCUCAUCCAAAAAUGGACGACUUCGUCUUCAUUAGUCUAUUGGCGGGCUUUGUGGAUCAACCCUCCCACAGGGACUUUCCUUGCCCUGAACUGCUGAAGGACUUCCACCGAAAAUCUGUGGUUGACGCCAUCGUUAAUCUGAAGGAAGAAAAUGCUGCGUUGCAAGUGCAGCUGCAGGGGAAAGGAUGGCAAACAUCAUGCUGGCAAUUCCAGAUCGGCCGACAUCCUGAAUUCAGCCGACAGCUGGAUAGACAGGUUGACGAAAACCUGAAACUCAAUGAGAAAGUUGUAUCCUUGGGAAACGAAAACCGUAGACUCAAGAGAGAGAUCGAAGAUCUGAAAUGGCAGUUGCAAAAGACCCCAGUUGGUAUUUCAGGAGGACGACCAAGAGACGCUGUGAAUCUUGAUAUUGGUAAUAAUAAACUCUGUAACAAAAUCCAGGAGUAUGCCCAACAGGUAGAUGAUUUGAUGAGGAAAAUAGAAGAGAAAGAGAGGUUGGACAUAUCAGCUUUGAAACAUCAAGUAACUCUGUUGAACGUGAAGACGGAAGAGUUGGAGAACACGAAUACCCAGUUGAUCGAAGCAAUCGACCUGCAAGUAGUGAUAACAGAAGUUCGAACUGAAGUCGAGAAGUUACGAGAAGAACACAGAAGACUGAUGGGCAGUAGGGACAGACACACUGCAGAACGAGAUCGUCUCGCGGAGAAGGUGAAUGACUACGAGAAGCAGAUUGCAGAGUUGAAGAUGAAACUGGAAGAAGGGAAGCAAGAGACCACGGCUAAGAGGAGCCAAGUCAGUGCCUUGAACGAUGAACUGCAACGAAUGGUGAAGACUCGCAACGAAUUGCAUGAUCAGGUUGCCAGUCUGCAAGAAAAAGUGAUGGACAAGGACAGAAAAGUUCGAGAGUUAAAGGAAGAAAACAAAAGAGUAAAGAACAGUGCGGAAAAGGAAAUCCAGAAUCUGGAAGACCGCGUGGAAGAUCUCUCCAACGAAAUUGAAUAUCUUCGUAAGGUUAAUGAACUUGGCUGCAACAAGGAAAUUAACAAUCUCAGAGACCAAAUCAUUAGACUUGAGAUGGAUAAUAAGAUACUGAAUGAUAUGAAGAUGGACAAAGUAAAGGAAAACAUAAAUCUUGAAGGUGAAAUGGAAGAGAAGAAUAACGUAAUAACGCGUUUAAGGAACAGGCUUGAUGACUUAAGACACGAAAGAAAAGACCGGAGGAAUGUUGGCCACAGAAAUGCAGGCGGAGAAGAGGAACUCCACGUUCAUGCGACAAUAUAG